CAAGCUGUCAUGGCGCGCUCCUCCUUCGGAAAUCGUCGCAGAAACGUCGUAACUACAGUAGUCGUAACGUCAUAAAAUCGGAAGUCGCGGCUCUUCCAUUUGUCCGGUCUAAUCUCGCUUUCAAGAUGCCGAAAGUAGUCUCUAGGAGCAUUGUGUGUUCCGACACCAAGGAUCAAGAAGAGUACAACGAGGAAAAGCCUCUGAAUGUGUACUAUUGCAUAUGUGGUAGUAUGGCGAUGAUCUUGGAUUGUGCGAUUGAGAAGCUUCCUCUUCGUCCCAGAGACGGCGCGAGGGUGAUCGACGGAGCCAAGCACGCUCACAAGUUGUCGUUCAGCCCGGAUGAAGUCAUUCACCUGAAGAGACCAGAGGGCAUCGAACGCCAGUACAGGAAGAAGUGCAAAAAAUGCGACCUGCUACUCUUUUAUCAGCACGACGCCAAGAGCAACGUCACUUUUGUGGUGAAGGGGUCAGUGUUCAGAGCGGGAGAGGGCCCACUCAAGGCCGGCGUGCUCCUCCAGGCAGCAGUUGAGCCCAAGAAGAUCAUGGUGACCAAGCACACAAAGAACAUGGGCAAAUUCAGCUCUGUGACGGUAUCCACAAUCGACGAGGAAGAAGAGGAGAUUGAAGCGAGGGAAGUUGCAGACUCGUAUGCCAACAAUGCCCGCAUCAUCGAGAAGCAGCUGGAGCGGAAGGGGAUGAACAAGCGGAAGUUGAUUGAACAGGCUGCACAAGUGGAACAGGAUGCAAAGAAAAAGUUGGUCAGAGGCACUCUCAUUGACAAGUAGCCAUCUCAUUUUCAGUCAUGUACAGCCUUCUUUCUGUCUCUCUCAUGUAAAUAACACAUUCCGAAAUCUUUAUUGAGAAUAAAAGAUUUCAG